AUGAUCAAUGUUAUAAGCCAUGAGCUUGCAGAAUUGUCUUCAAAUCCUUUGGUGAAUGCUUGGUAUGCCGGGGAAGAUCCAAUAUCACCAACUGAGAUAGGGGAUUUUUGCGAAGGGUUAUAUGGGACCGGUGGUGGUGGGUUUGACAAAGCUACAGAGUCUAGUAGAGUUGCUGUGUGUCGGGAAAUUAUUGAUCUGCCUUCCUUGACAACAGCUUUGACAGCCUUGAUAACAGAAGGUGAAGGUGUCAGUGACAGAGGACCAGUGAAUUUGGUUGGACUCUUUAAAGCUACAAGUAGCUAG